AGCGGGGAGCGCGCAGCCAGCGCCGCCGCCGGACUCGGGCUGGUGUGCGAGCCUGGCGCGCCGCUUGCCGGGGAUGCGAGAGACUGGGAGCCACCGCGCCGGGAGAACGCGAGCACCGGUGACUUCGGCCCGGGGAGAGCCGGAGAAGGCGGCGAACCCCGCAGGGAUCCUCGGGGCCGGGGUGCGGGGCCGGCGGCCGCGCGGGAGCGCGGGGCGCAGACCGGGCGGGGCUGGCGGACAGUGAUGAGCGGGCGCGCGGGGAGGCUGCACGCCGCCGCCGCCGCCCGGAGCAUCCGCCGCCCGAGCUGCUGCUCGCGGCCCGGGCCCCGGCCAUGGAGACGCUGAACGGCCCCGCGGGCGGCGGCGCCCAGGACGCAAAGCCGCAGCCGCCCGGCCAGCACCACCGCCACCACCACCACCUCCACCCGCUGGCGGAACGGAGACGGCUGCACCGCGCGCCCUCACCAGCCAGACCGUUUCUCAAGGACCUGCACGGCCGGCCUGCGGCCCCCGUCCAGGCCGCCCCCUCCUCGGGCCGAGCCCCGGCCCCCGCCGCCCCGCGCUCUCCCAGCCUCGCGGGCAAGGCGCCGCCCUCACCGGGGCCCCCGGCCGCGCCCGGCCGCCUCUCCCGGCGGAGCGGCGGCGCCCCGGGCGCGAAGGACAAGCCGCCGCCGGGCGCCGGGGCCAGGGCAGCGGGCGGCGCUAAGGCCGCUCCGGGCCCCAGGAGGGUGGCACGCGCGGCGCCCGCCGAGCCGCUGCCCCGGGUAGGGAAGCCACCGCCCGGGGCCGAGCCGCCGCCCGCCGCUGCCAAGGGCCGCAGAGCCAAACGCGCCUCCGGAGCGGUCCCCGCCCGCGCCGCCGGGCCCCGGCUCCCCGCCGUCGCCGUCCCCUCUGUGAUCCUCGCCGUGACUUCCGCCGCCGGCUCCCCGGCCCCCGGCUCACGCAUCAGCCACACAGACAGCAGCUCCGAUCUCUCCGACUGCCCCUCCGACCCUCUUUCAGACGAGCAACGCCUGCUCCCCGCCGCCAGUAGCGACGCCGAGUCCGGCACCGGCUCCAGCGACCGGGAACCUCUGCGAGGAGCCCCCACGACCAGCCCCCCAACUCGAGGGGCGCCGCCAGACAGCCCCGAGCCCUCGGGACUCCUCGCCGCGCCCCCCGCCGCCUGCCUUGGGGGUCGGAACAGCCCCAGCGGGGUCCCCUCGGCGUCGCCGGGGCCGGGCGUGGUGGAGGAUGUCGCGGGGCGCGCUCCGCCGGAGCGAACGUGUCCCGGGACCCCCAGGGAGCACGGGCCGGACGAGCAGCACCGGCUGGUCCCGGCAGCGGAGGAGGAGGAACUGCUGCGGGAGAUGGAGGAGCUGCGCUCGGAGAACGACUAUCUCAAGGAUGAGUUGGAUGAACUCCGAGCGGAAAUGGAAGAGAUGAGAGACAGUUACUUGGAGGAGGAGGUUUACCAGCUGCAGGAGCUGCGGCGGGAGCUGGACCGCGCCAACAAGAACUGCCGGAUCCUGCAGUACCGCCUCCGGAAGGCCGAGCAGAAGAGGCUGAAGGUGGCGGAGACCGGGCAGGUGGACGGGGAGCUUAUCAGGAGUCUGGAGCAGGACCUGAAGGUGGCCAAAGACGUAUCGGUCCGAUUGCAUCAUGAACUUGAAACCGUGGAGGAAAAGAGAGCUAAAGCGGAAGACGAGAAUGAAACUCUCCGACAGCAGAUGAUUGAAGUGGAGAUAUCAAAGCAGGCCCUGCAGAACGAGCUGGAGAGACUGAAGGAGAGUUCUUUGAAGAGAAGAGGCAGCCGGGAAGCAUACAAAGAGAAGAAAGCCUUCACCCAGGAUGACAGCGCGGAUCUGAGGUGCCAGCUCCAGUUUGCCAAGGAGGAGGGCUCGCUGAUGCUCAGGAAGAUGGCCAAGCUGGGGCGGGAGAAGGACCGGCUGGAGCAGGAGCUGCAGAGGUACAGGGCCCUCUAUGGGGACGCCGACAGCCCCCUGCCCACGGGCGAGGCCGGCGGGCCGCCCAGCACCCGCGAGGCCGAGCUGAAGCUGCGGCUGAGGCUGGUGGAGGAAGAGGCCAGCAUCUUGGGCCGGAAAAUCGUGGAGCUGGAGGUGGAGAAUCGGGGCCUCAAGGCUGAGAUGGAAGACCUGCGCGGCCGGGAACCCCUGCCCGGUGGGCCGACCUCGCCCUUUGGGGGGGACUCCCUGGAGUCCUCGGCCGAGCUGCGCCGGCACCUGCAGUUUGUGGAGGAGGAGGCGGAGCUGCUGCGGCGGUCCAUCUCCGAGAUCGAGGAUCACAACCGGCAGCUGACCCACGAGCUGAGCAAGUUCAAGUUCGAGCCGCGGCCGGAGCCAGGCUGGCUGGCUGGGGGUGGGGCGCCCCUGCAGGACGAGCUCCAGGCGGUCCGGCUGCCGAUAAGCGAGCUGAGCGGGGAGGUGCUAACGCUGCAGCCGGGCCCGCGUGCCCCUAGCCCGCGGGACAGCGAUGCUGACAGCGACACGGGCCGGAGGAGCGACGACGGCGAGGACGGCCGCGUGCAGCCCCGCCGGGAGGGCCCCAUUGGCGGCGAGAGUGACUCGGAGGAGACCUUCGAGAAGACGUCCGGCUUCGGCAGCGGGAGGCCGUCGGAGGCCGGCGAGUGCCCGGCGGAGCUGUUGCGCGCGCGGGAGGAUUCGGAGCGCCUGGCGAGCAUCAGGCACGAGGCAGAGCGGCUGGAGCGCACGGUGGAGCGCAUCAUCACGGACACCGAGGCUGCGCUCCCGGCCGGAGAGGCCUCGCCCGAGGCCUGCGGCCAGGACACCAGGGAGGAGCCCCAGCUGCUGGGGACCCUCAACGCCAGGAUGAAGGCCUUCAGGAAAGAGCUCCAGGCCUUUCUGGAGCAGGUGGAGCGGCUGGGGGAGGGCCUGUCCCCGCUGCCCCAGCUCACCGAGUCAUCCAGCUUCCUGUCCUCUGUGACCUCCGUAUCCCGGGACUCCCCAGUGGGGAACCUGGGCAAGGAGCUGGGCCCGGACCUGCAGUCCAAACUGAGAGAUCAGAUGGAGUGGCAGCCGGGGCAGGAGCGAGGGGAGGAGCGGGGUCACCUCCAUCUCCGCACCGCACGGGAGCUGCACCGCCGAGCCGAUGGGGAUGCCGGGAGCUGCCGGCCUGGAGCCCAGAGCUGCUUCAGCCUCGAGGCGGAGGAGGAACGCCGCUGCGCCCUGCGACGGCGCGACCGGGAGGCGAACGGCCUGGCCCUGCAGGCCUCGCUGCACGAGCGCGCCUGGGGCGACGAGAGGCACCUGAUGCAGCAGGAGCUGCGCUCCCUGAAGCAGAACAUCUUCCUCUUCUACGUCAAGCUCAGGUGGCUGCUCAAGCACUGGCGCCAAGGGAGGCAGGUGGAGGACGACGCGGAGGACUUCAUGGAGAGCGAGCUUCCAGAGACCUUCCCCAGGCUCGGGGAGCUUGGCGUCCAGGGGGACACAAAGGCGGAUAGUCCAGACCGAGACGACGACGGGCCAGGCUGUGGCUUUUCCCUGGGCGAGCACUCUCCGCAGACGGGUGGCCACGGGUUGCGGCUGCAGCCCACUGACGGGGGGCAGCUGUACAGGCAGGUGGCGGAGACCCAGCCGCUGUUCUGCGCCCUCAAGGCGCUGCUCGAGGAGUUGCGCGCGGAGCUGCGGGAGGACGCGCGCGCACGCCAGCGGCUGCAGCAGCAAUAUGCGGGCGACAAGGCCGCCUGGGAUAUGGAGUGGGCCGCCCUCACAUGCCGCCUGGAGCAGCUGGAAGCAAAAAAUGAGAAGAGCUUGGGAGACCCAGGCUCCUGCACCGACAGCAAAGGGGCAUUCAGGAAGGAGAGGGAGGUGCAGCAGAAGCUGCUGGCAGACAGUCACAGGCUGGUCAUGGACCUGCGCUGGCAGAUCCACCACAGUGAGAAGAACUGGAACCGGGAGAAGGUGGAGCUUCUCGACCGCCUGGACCGGGAGCGCCAGGAGUGGGGGCAGCAGGAGAAGGAGCUGCUGUGGAGAAUUGAACAGUUGCAGAAAGAAAACAGUCCCCAGAGAGGUGGCAGUUUCCUCUGUGAUCAAGAGGAGGGGGAUGCCCGCUCCUGUACCCACCCAGGGAGCCCUCGGGCGCCCCGCCCUACAGGGAUGUGGCCCUGUAUGGACACAGACUCCAAUGCGUUUGAGGACCGGCCACUGUCAAAGCUGAAGGAAUCGGACAGGUGCUCAGCACGGGAAAAUCUCUACCUGGACACCUUGUCCCUGGAUGAUGAGCCAGAGGAGCCCCCGGCCCACGGGCCCCAGAGGGAGUUCAGGAACUGCUUCCAUGAGGAAGAAGACAAUCACAAGGGAAAUCUUCAAAGGGCCGUGUCUGUGUCGUCCAUGUCUGAGUUCCAGCGCUUGAUGGAUGGCUCUCCCUUCCUGCCAGAGAAGAGCCUGCCCCCCACAUGCAGCAAGGAGGACGUCACCCCACCCUUGUCCCCUGAUGACCUCAAGUACAUCGAGGAGUUCAACAGCAAAAGCUGGGACGAAAGGCCUCUAGACCCCUGGGCGGACAGGACCGAGGUGGGGCGGACGCGGCCCGAGGCCAGCACCGAACCUUUCUCUGAUGCCGCCUGGUACCUCACCACAAGCAUCACCCUGACCACGGACACCGUGACCAACCCCGAGCACUGCCAGAAGCAGCCCCUGCGGAACCUCGUCUGUGCUGAGCAGGCUGGGGGGAGGGGGCUGCACAGCCCACCUGCCAUCCGGAGGCUGGAUGGCAUUGUGGCAGGGGUCGGCGAGAGCAGGGUCCGAGGGGGCCCUGGGGAUGCCAAGGGGAGCCCUUCUGAACAUGUGCUCAGCAGGUGGCCCUGUGCCCUCUCCAGGCACCCCCGAGACUACACGGAGGGGGGACUCCGGCCCCUCGACAGCACACUCAGCUUCUCCCCGUUGCACAGCCUGGAAAUGCCCAGAAACCUGAGUGAUGAUAUGAAGGAAGUAGCCUUCUCAGUCAGGAGCACCGUCUGCUCCAGCCCCGGGGAGCCGCUGGUCAAGGACACGGCCUGCCAGACCAAUGGGUCCCGGACAACAGGAACACAGACCGUCCAGACCAUCAGUGUGGGCCUACAGACGGAAGCCCUGCGGGGCAGCCCACACAAGUGUCUCACGCCCAAGGCAGGAGGUGGCGCCACGCCCGCGUCCUCUCCCUCCCGUGGCCUCAGGAACAGGCAGGUGGCCCCUGCCAUCGAGAAGGUGCAGGCUAAGUUUGAACGCACAUGCUGCUCUCCCAAGUAUGGGUCUCCCAAGCUGCAACGGAAGCCCCUUCCCAGAGUGGACCAGUCGAGUAGUAGGGCCUCCCCGGGGCUGGCCCAGAAGGGGUGCGGCGAGUCUGCCUGGGCCCGCUCCACCACCACGCGCGAGAGCCCCGUGCACACCGCCAUGAACGACGGCCUCUCCAGCCUCUUCAGCAUCAUUGACCACAGCCCCGUGGUGCAGGACCCCUUCCAGAAGGGGGUGCGGACUGCAAGUCGGUCCCGGUCGGCCGAGCCCCGGCCGGAGCUGGGUCCAGGCCAGGACACCAGCCCCAGCUCCCGGGGCCGCUCACCCAGCCCCAUUGGGGGUGGCUCAGAGACAUGCAGGGAGGAGGGGGGAGAGGGCACGCCCUUGAGGCAGGACUUAUCUGCUCCCCCUGGCUACACACUCACCGAGAACGUGGCCCGGAUCCUCCACAGGAAGCUGUUGGAACAUGCCUUAAAGGAGGAGCGGAGGCAGGCUGCCUACAGCCCCACGAAUACUGGCAGUGACAACCACAUGGGAGAAACAGCGGUCAAGGCCGAGCCAGGGUCCAUCGAGGAACUACCUUGUUCUGCACUCGCUCCGUCCCUAGAGCCUUGCUUCUCCAGGCCCGAGAGACCAGCAAACCGUCGCCCUCCGUCCCGCUGGGCCCCACACCCCCCAACUGCCUCACCAGCUCCAUCACCCGGAGAACCCACCUCCUCGGAGGAGCUCGGUGAUGAGGAGCCACCGGGGGAGAAGCCGCACGUGUGAUGCAGGUUGGCAUGGAUUAUCCGGAAUAAUUCACUGUAAUUUGCAUAAUCACACCUUCGUCAUCAACUGAACUCUGCCCCAAAAGGAGAGAUCUGAUUUCCCCAAGGUCAAAGAAUGUUUUUUUUUUAAAAAACAACACAGCUGCUGAAUGUUCAACCUAUGAACCUGAGAUGUUUCUAGAAUGAAACAGUAAAUGUGCCUGUAAGAACUUAAUUUUUUUCAUAGCUCAGAAAACUAUUUUUGUCUCCAUCUUUUUUACACAAAGUAUAUUAAACGGUAAAUAUGAUAUAAAUAAAUUAAAAUGAAAGUUUUAAAGAUGUACAUUAUAAGAGAUUCUGAACACCCUCACGCGCAACACUGACUGCCUAUCUGUUAAAUCUGCACUGUUAACAUUUUGCUUUGGUUGAUUUCCACGUUGAAUUAGUGUGUUUUAAGUUAAUUUUAUUUUGUCAGUGUUCUUGUUUCUUAAGAAUUUUUGAAAUGCUUCAGCCUGUCGAAUUCAGUGAACUUUUCAUAAUGAAAAAAAACCACGAAGCCAGUAGACAAGGCAUCUCCUCUGUCCUAGAGGGAGAGACGGCAGCAUCUGGAAAGGCACAGAGGCCACAGCUGGGCUGCAAGGCUGCCUGCUCCUGCUGACCCGCACGCCUCUGGGUGCAUGUCCACACCCCUGCUGUGGUCUCACCCACCUCCGUGAGUCCCCUCCCGCCAUGACGUUGUGUGACCCCCUCGUACUGUACUGUUGGUGUUGUCUUCUUGCAUUGACGAUACAACAGCAUUUUAAAAUUACUGUUAGAAGACUAACUGGCAAUACACAGUGUUUACUCCAAAUUUUGUUUAAGGAAAAACACCACAAAAAGUCAUGAGCAUACCAAAUGGAAAGAGAGGGUGGUACCUCAGCAUCUGUAUGAGGUGAUGAUGAAGAAAUAAAGUGUUUAUAAAACAG